AUGGACAGAGCUGAGCUGGGGACUGAAGCCAAGACUCGCAAGAAAGAAGAGCAGGAGAGAGGACGCGGGGGCUCAGGGGCUCGGGACAGGUCUCGGUUCCUUCCGGACGCGCCGCAGUGCGCCCAAUGGCCACACGGGGGUGAAGCAGCAUCUUGGGGCCUGCGCUUCGGGGCGAGCGCAGCUCAGGGCUGGCGCGCGCACAUGGAGGACGCGCAUUGCGCGUGGCUCCAGUUACCCUGGGUGCCCGCAGGCUGGGCUUUUUUUUCUGUCCUCGACGGCCAAGGCGGGGCGCAACCAGCCCUCUUCGGCGCGAGCCGCUUGCCAGGCCACGUGCUUGAGGGAUUGGGCACAGCGCCUGACGAGCCCGAGGGCUUGUGCAGGAAGCUUCGCGGUGCCUUCUUGAGCGCUGACGCGCAGCUGCGCUAGCUCUGGCCACGCAGCGAGCCCAGAGGCUCCACCGCAGUGGCGUUGCUCGUCUCCCCGAGAUUUCUGUACCUGGCACACUGCGAUGACUUUCGCGCAGUGGUGAGCCGCGCGGGAGCUGUGGCCUUCAGCACCGAGGACCAUCGACCCCUCCAGCCCCGGGAACGCGAAUGUAUCCAAGACGCGGGCGGCCCCAUCUGCCUCCGGAGUCUCGAGGGCUCUUUGGCAGUGUCACGAGCACUGGGCAACAACAAAGAGGCUCCGGGAGGGCCUCCUGAGCUGCAGCGUGCUUCCGCGGAGCCUGAGGUGACCGCCCUGGCACGGCGUGCGGAGGACGAGUUCAUGCUCCUGGCCUCCGGUGUGUAGGACGCGAAGUUUGGCGCUGCCCUGGCGGCACUGUUGACAUCACGCCUCUGCUUGGGCCUGGCCCCAGAGCUUCUCUGUCCGCAGCUGUUGGACAGUUGCCCGUGCGAGGGCCUGAGGCGGGACAUGACUUGCAUCCUGGUCUGCUUCCCAGGGGGAACCAGGCCUUAUGAGGAGGCGAUGAGGAAGGAGGUAGCGUUGGAUGAAGCCCUGGGCCGGGAAACUCUAGCUCAGUGGGAAGCGUGGUCAGCAAGCAGGGGCGCUCCCAUAACCCUUGUGUCCCUCUCCGAGCUGGGUUCCUCUGUCCAGGAGUCCCCAAGCCGGAACACGGUUUUCAGGACUCCGGCCGCUGAGGACAUCACGGACUUACCUCCCGGGGGAGGGCUCUACUGCAAGGACAGCUGUCCUUGCUGAAGUUUAUGCUCAGUUCUUCCGGACCUUGGGGGAGUGCUGAGAGAAGGUGCAGAAUGGGGCUGGGAAGGCCAUUGGCACCCAUUCAAGCUCUGCCAUGGACUUCCAGGCCUGACAGCUGUCGUCCUUUGGGGCCCCAGUGGAACUUAGAAACCUCCCCCUCCCCUGCAACGCAAAGCAGCCGAUGGCGGAAACCCAGAAUGUUUAUUUCCCCUUCUCCGACUUCCCUCUCACAAAAAGGCUUAUGAGAGGGGAAAUUCCACCCACUAUCUAGACAGAAAAAAAAACCAACCCCCCAAAACCCCAAACCGAAUGUUUGUGAAAUAUUUAGAGCUGAACAAAUGAUGAGAGAUCACCCAGUUCAAACACCUCUUCCCUUCCCGUUUCUCAUCUGUUUUGGGUAGGAGGAAGCAGAGAGUUUUUAUUAAAUACAUUUAACUUGUAGAAAAAAAAAAUACCCCAAACAUCGUUCGCCCAGUCAUUUGGCAAAUAUAUUGAGCACCUGCUCAUAGCCAUCAACUGGGGGACUCGCUGAGAUUCCUAUUUGAGGGGCCCAGCUCCUAGCGUGUGGGGGGAGACAGCAAAGGAACGGUAAAUAGCCCUGGCUGGUGGGGAUCAAUGGAUUGAAUCCUGGCCUGCGAACCGAAGGGCCAGCGUGUGGGUUCCCAGCCAGGACACAUGCCUGGGUUGCAGGCCAGGUGCCCAGGAGGGGGCGCGCAAGAGGCAACCACAUUGAUGUUUCUCUCCCGCUCCUCCCUCCCUCCCUCUC